AGUUUCAGCCAUCACGAACCACAAUCGCUUUACUUACGUACGUUACAAAAAAAAAUUUUAAAAAUAUUAGUGCAGCGGCGGUGACAGGCUGGAACAGUGGUUGUAAGGUGACAUUGGCAUGAAAAUAGCAGUUACGGACCAAAUGGAUCCGGGCCCUUUGCGCGUCUUACAAAAGAAACGAACCACUAAUUUCCGUGAAGACGAAACCAAACUGUUAAUACAACUAUGGGGCAGUCCGCAAAUACAAAACAAACUCUACCUCACACAUCGAAAAGCCCCCGUUAUGAGGCUUUUGGCUGCCAAUAUGCAACAUCGUGGAUUUUACAGAACCCCCGAUGAGAUCAAAACGAGACUGAGGAACCUGAAAUGCUUGUACCACCGAAUUAAGAGGUCUGUGCAGACUGGAGUAGGCAGAGGAACAGUCGAUCCUGAUUGGCCACAUUACAAAGCCAUGGACGAGAUUCUUAGCAAAAAGAAGCACAGCAGACCCCAGGACAUCUACAAGGAUGGCAACAUCUUCGAAGGUCCAAGAUGUGAGGAUAUCAAGCAGGAGAUCAUCGAUGAGGAGCUCGAUAUCAACGAUGAUAUGGAUUCAUACACCACCAACAGCCUUGGGGGGUCCGAAGUUGAUGCGGAAUUCGAUGAGGAAGCUGUCCAUGUGCCACCUUUAUCAGCCGUACAAGCUGUACUUUCUCCCGAGAAACCGAAAGAUAUUGGUUUCACACCGAUCAAAAUCGCGCCAAAACCAAUACAAAACCAGCCCAAGCCUGCCACUCCCAGUCCAACAACAAAUAUUCAGAUCCCCUUGAAAACUAAUGCGUCUGGAACGCCAUCUAUACCUUUCCCUUUGCUGAUUUUGAACGGACUACCUAAUCAGAAUCUGCAAGUCAACCAACUCAAGAAAGACGAUAGUAGUCCAAAUAAACAAGACGAUGUACCUGCCCUUCUAAAAGGUCUUAUCGAGAUUCAAAAAGAGAACCUAGAAGUCCAAAGACAGCGACUAGAAAUCGACAAAGAAAAGCUUGACUUCCAACGGCUCGUUGGGACCCAACUACUCACAUUUCUGCCUCUUUUCGGAAGUCUGGUCCACAAGCUCACCUUUCCAAACAAAACCGAAGAUGAAGAAAGUGACGAGAAACAAGGGAAGAAUGGAAAGAAACGACCUCAUCCCGACAGCGGGCUUGAUAUACUUAAAGACAGUAAAAUACUGCGAAGUGUGUUAGAAGAAGGUAUUAAAAAGUACAUGAUGGGGGACAAUAGUGAAAAGAAUGAUAAUGACAUUAAAGUAGAGGAUGAAAGUGAUGAUAAGUGAACUUUUAUAUAAAAUGUGAUGAUUUUUUACCAUAUGUGAGGCUUUCUAAUAUACUUGGUAACAUUUUACUCGGUGAUACUCGUAUAGUCACACAGUCUCAUUUUUAUAAAAACAAUAAUCUCUAAGAGAACUGAAUCACAGUAAACGUUAAAUUCUAUUUAUAUUGUUCCUCGAUCUGUUAUUUCUUUUGAAUCUUGCUUUGGCGAUCUCUUUACCAUUUGAUGCACGUUUUUGUCACUAGCUAAAUUUCAUCUUAUUUAUCUUUUAGAUUUGAUUUUUUUACAAUUACGCGUACAGUACACUAUAUACAAUAUUAUAUUACAGAAGAGAAAGUUUAAACGAAAGGUUAUUAUUACAAUCGGGUUAAUGUAUAUUUGUACUAUUUAACCUAAACUGUUUGUUCUAAACAUAAAGCUUUGUGAAUAUGUCAUUAUAUAAUAGGUGACUAAGAUUAAUGAAUAAACUAGAACAAAUAAAAUAAAAACACGCUGUGGAGUUCGACACAUAUCUCCCUUAUAGGCACUUUUUUUCCUAGAAAACGUCUUUAAACAAGAAUGGGACGAUAAAUAAAAUAACAUCGAAAGCUACUAACCUAGACACCUUAGAUUUGAUGACAAUGUUGUUUUAUCAAAAGAUUGUAAGUGUAGAGUUGAUAGUAAACGGAAUCAAAACCACAGAUAAAAUAAAUGACAAUCUAAAAACAGAUGGGCACGUAAAGUAACAGACCAAAGACCAUGGCUAAUAGGCAUCUAAACAGAUAAAUGCAGAUCCCAUUAAAUAUAGGUAUAUGAUAUCCGAUCUACAGUAGGAAAACAAGGGAUACGCUAAGCACAUCACAAGUCAAUGGAGAAAUUUGAGUGGGCGCUCUGUAAGUGUCUCCACUUACAUCCAAGAUUUUCCUACUUUUCUGAUAUGUGCCUGCAAGAUGUCUUUGAUCCUUUUUCUGUGUCCUUGUGCAUUUUAAUCUAAGACACAUUUUUCAUAAACAUAUUCAGGUUUCCUUAACGUAUGCCCAAUCCAUUUCCACUUGCCCUGCAUAAUUUUCUCGAGAAGCAUGCUUCCCUGCGUUGUAAAUUGCCAGCUAUCUCUCCACCUUUUGGAAGAUUUUGCUAAUGUUCGUUGGCUAGGGAGUUUAUCUUCAAGUCACCGAUUGUUAAUAAUUCUUAUAAAAAGUUUUUAUACUUGACUUUAAGAGUACUACUAGAGUCUUGUUCCAAUCUUUAGGGAUUUUGCUAUUAUGGAAACAUCUUGCUUGUUUUCAAGAGCCCGGCAAUUGUACCGUCGUGUCCUGAAGCUUUAUUAUUUUUUUAGUUCUUUUAAAGCUCUUUCUAUUUCGAAUCCCUCUAUCUUUGGUAGUACCUCUGAUCCCACGUUUUUAUUAUUUAUUUUCUUUUUGAUUUUUUCGUUUGUUGAUCAUUUAGACUUGCUUUACGAGCUUUACAAGGUUUUGUAGAAGUCUUCGACUAUCUUUAUUUUUUUAUGUUUGUCUUUCUCUUCCUUAUUAUUGGUGUCUUUAAUUUUAAUGAUUUUUUAAACAUCCAGUGCUGGUCUUAGACAUUUUAUUAGACCAGUGUUGUUUUCAAAGACUUGCUCUAUUAAGUUAUCUGCUUCUAUGCUUGAGUAUGGUUUUCCUAUAAUAGUUGUCUUCUUUUCUUCAUUGGUUGUUUAGUUUCGUUGCUUAGUUUGUCUUCUUUAAUUCUUGUUUUCUUCAUCUAAAGGAUCUGAUUCGAACUUAUCCACUAAAAAAGACCUUUUGGAACCCCCCUUCAUGUGCUCUUACUUUAAAGGCAUCUAUCCGAUAUUUUUUUUAAUAUCUUUUUUCAUGUUAAUAUUUAUUUUCGCUUUAACUAUACGAUGGUUACUACCAGUUGUUAUGUUGUUUGUUUAUUGUUGUGCCGUCUUCAAAUAUUCUUGUGUUGAAAGAUAUUUAUAGCAUACAUGUUUUCUUUUUCCAGGAAUACCAAAGUUUUUCUCCUCUUGCGUUUCUUGUGCCGAAUUCGAAAUUUCCAAUCAUGUUUUCGGAUUUCUUCUAGUCAUCCAAGUCAUUUACAUAGAUAUACCAUAUUAGAGAUGGCACAUUCAUAUUUUUGGUGGAAUAAUACGCUACCUUCAUAACAUGUUCCUUGUUGAACAACUUAAUGGAUCUAACAUAGCAUUAAGGUAGGUGGAAAUAUACAAUCUUGGCGCAUAGAGACUGCCAGGUCAAUGGAUAUUAUGUGUUUUAGUAUAUAUAUUCCUAACAUUCAUUCCUAAUAUUCAAUUGAGAAUAUUAUCUGGGAAGCCGUAGUGUUUUACAAUCUGCUACAUUUUAUCUUGUAUUCACCGAAUCAAAAUGCUAUUGAAAAUUUACAAAAACUAUUACAAGAACCUCUGACUUUUAAGCUUAAUUUGAGCUUAUAUCUAACUUGGAACUGUAAGUGGAUUUAUAUAAUAUAAAAACAGACAUAUUUAUAAAUAAUGUAAUAAACCAUUAUUACAUUAUUUAUAUAAUAUACCAAAUGCAGGACAAUUAUUCCAUAUUGCAGAAGAUCGAGAAGCCUUCGCAAUGGUGAUCGCUAACGUCGGAUAAUUCUGAUAUGGCACGCGAAGAAGAAGAAUAAACCAUUUAUCGCAUUUUGUCACAUCACCCUACAAAAGCUUGAUCACAAGUUAUUUCUUAAUUUCAUUCGGAUACCUGUUCAUUCCAUAUUCUUUUAAAGAAGAAAUAACUCAUUUCCCUGUUACUUAAAUAUUUCUAAAAUAUUGAUUUCGUGGUUUCAAGUUAACUGUAAAAGUUUUCUUUGGUGUUUCCCUCUACUUAUUUCUACACGCUAAAUUUAAUGGUUCGACAGUUAAUUACCAUGAUAACGGACCAUUGUUAAAAGGACAAAACUAAAUGUUGCCAAGUAUAAAUUAAAUUAUUUACUUCAUUAUUUAUUUUACCAUUCCUUUUAUAUUAUGAGGUAGGUACACACAAAGGAGAUAUUCAUAAAGAUUGAUCCUUGUGCCAUAUUUCCAUUUGUAGACUUACAAGUAAGCAAGCAAUUUAAUUUAACCCCAAGCCUGAGAGACUUGCACACUUAAAAUGACAUUCGGGUGUUACAAUUCAUUGGAGCGAGGUGUAUUAAUUCGUGUAAGACAGGAAUCAUUCCACCGCGCCUCAAUGUUCCAGACUAUUCCUUUUUUAUAUAUAGCACUCUGUUGCGCGAUAGGGGCACUCUUAUCAGUCAAAUGCUAUUCGUGUAGGAGUCCUGGGUACUAGAACUCCAAUAGGAUAUCCUAACCGAUCUAUCCAGGCUAGCAUGAGUCGCUUUUUUCCUGCUUUCUCUGGUAACUUAUCCGCGAAACUGAAAUUGCUCGCUCGGGCCUCAAGUCUCCGCUCCGAGCUAGGCCCAGUUUGGCGACUUGGUGCUCGAGGAUUUGGACCCUUUGUGUCCGGGUUUUGGGGUUUUUGUUAAAUUUUUGGUGGCUUCGCCUUUGUUAGUAUUUUUUUUAUUUUAUUGAUGGCCGAAGCCGUUUUUUUUAAGAAUGUCCUGAAAUAAAAAUCUUAUUAGUGGGUCUACACAGUGCUGGGAAUGUCUACGUCGAUAGAGCUACGAAUUUAUCUGCUGAUUUUUGUAGACUUUGUGCUCCAGCCAUACUAUAAAUAGUUACCAGGUAAUUUUGGCUCCUCAGAUAAUGUAGGCUGAACAAACUUAAACUAGAGAAGGCCGGCCACCUACUCAAGUUUCGAUAUACGAAGUGGGCAAAAGUAUGUAGACGCCACCUACCUUAGGUGGCAUACAAUUGAACAGAACUGUCAGCAAAUCGUUUAAAACUCUCGUUAGUGUGUACCUCCCUUUGAAAUGUUUUGUGAUUUUUAAUUUAGGUUGUAUUUAUUUAUUUUUAGCUUUAGAAAUUCGCUUCGUGAUAUGAUUAUAACAUUCCAAGUCAUUCCUGUUUUAUGUUCAAACGUUUUGUGAUUUUUAUUUUAUAUUGUACUUAUUUAUUAUUAUUUAUUUAUAGACUUAGGAAUUCGCGUACGUUGAGUUAUACAACAGUUUCGAUCGCAUAUUUUUACUAAUAAGUACAAAUUUAGUUGCGAAGUGUUUGUUUUGAGAAAAAAAUAAAAUAAAAGUAUUUUCGACU